UACCACUAUCAAUAGCUUCUUUCUUUUCUUGGUUCUAAAGAUGAGAAUCCCACCAUCGCUGAUCCUUCUCCUACUGAGUAUAGCUCAGUUUUUAAUCAGCUACGAUGCUGGUGCAGUGGAGCUCAGUGAAGACGCGGCCACAUUCCCUGGGCCUGAGGAGGCCCUUAAUUUGGACACUAAUGGGCUUAGCAAGGCCCAGUUUCCGAUGGGCUUUGUGUUCGGAACGGCGACGUCUGCUACCAGGUCGAAGGCAUGGUCUAUAAAGACGGCCGUGGGCCCAGCAUUUGGGAUGUCUUCAUUAAAACUCCAGACGACGAAAAUGGAAGAAGUGAAGGUGAUUGGUUUGAGAAUGAGCGGAUUCUGUACCAGAGUAGAGUGGGCGUUGAAGUUAAAGAGUGUGGAGUAUGAGUACUUGGUGGAAGAAUUGAGAAACAAAAGUCCAAUUCUUCUCAAGUAUAAUCCAAUUCAUAAGAAAGUUCCUGUUCUUUUACACUUGGACAAACCUAUAGCUGAGUCCCUAGUCAUUCUUGAGUACAUUGAUGAGGUUUGGAAAGAAAACCCUUUGCUUCCCCAACACCCUUAUGAAAGAGCCAAAGCUAGAUUUUGGGCCAAGUUUAGUGAUGAGAAGGUUUUGACGGGAUUAUUUGAAGCUUGCAAAGCUCAAGGAGAAGGGAAAGAAAAAUUGAUAGAAACUGCCCAAGAAUAUUUAGGUUUUCUUGAGAAGGAAAUCGAAGGGAAGAAAUUUUUCGGAGGAGAAAGAAUCGGUUAUCUAGAUUUAGUAGUGGGAUGGAUUCCUUUAUGGCAUGAUGCGAUAGAAGAAGUUGGAGAGUUGAAGUUAAUCCAAGCAGACAAAUUUCCAUGUCUUCAUCAAUGGUGUAAGACUUUCAUGGAUAAUCCAAUUAUAGCAGAAUCAGUUCCAUCAAGGAAAUCACGUGUCGAGUAUUUUAAUGCCACUAUCACCUAUGUCCGCUCAUUGGAAGCUAGCAAAGAGUGAAAUAAAUUAAUUAAGUUUGACUUUGAAUUGGAUUAGUAGAAUAAAAAUUUGUCAAGUGAGUUGACAAUGUCUAUGAAUGCUUUUAAUGUACUACAAACUUUGUUUUGUUUCUCUUCAAAGCUAGACUUCUUUUAA